AUGAUUGCAACUGGUGGGCUCCUGAGGAUUAACGCACGACGGCAGGACUCACUGAGGUCCAAACCACACAAAUCACAUGCACAAAAGAAGAAGAAGAGGCAAAGGAGGAGUGAGGUGGUGGUAGUGAAGGGGAAGCUGAAGCUGUGUUCUCUCUCUGGUCUGGUGGCGACACUUGGUGUCCUGGUUCUGCUGGUGGGCGUGGCCAUGGCAGCUCUGGGCUACUGGCCUCGUGAAGGAUUUUUCUUCAGCAUUCAGCCACAGGAGGGCGCUGCAAGGGGAGCAGAGAUCGGGGAAGGGCUGAAAGGAGAACCAGGAGGGCACAGAGGAGAUGGAGAUUGUGAUUUUAACCAAACCAACAAUGCCAAUGGAACAAUGCAACCAUCUCCACGGGGUUUUUUUGAAGAUUUUCUGGACAGGUAUCUGUACUCUGACAUGCUGAAGGUGAUGGGACCUCUCAUCAUGGGCAUUGGGAUCUUCCUCUUCAUUUGUGCCAAUGCUGUACUUCAUGAGAACCGGGACAGGAAGACAAAGGUCAUCAGCCUGCGGGAUAUCUACUCAACUGUCAUCGACCUCCACGGCUCCUCUUCAGGUUCUGCCCACCGCUUGACAGCCAAUCCUAUCCAUGGCCUGGUCAACUAUGUCCAGUCCAGUAGCCUGGAGGUGAAGCCGCGGGCAUACCCAUCAUCCCUGUCAAAAUCCAAGGCCUUUGGUGUCCCGCCGGAGAUCCACUGUGACUACUGGUGCCAGGUUUUCUGCAGAGAGGUGCCUGGAGGCUCCCAGGCCAUGCUUCUCCUCUCCUGCUCCUCCCUCAACCCCUCACACCCAUCAAUCUCCUCACUGUCUCAAAUUAUCUACUGCUCCUCCUCCUCACUGGCCCUACCCAUCAGGAGGCAGAGCCUGCCAACCACCAGCCUCUUCACAGAUGAUGCAGGACGAGUCCAAGGAACACCUGCCAGUAAGUUCACAACAUCAGCUGAUGGCUUCACAGAGGAACUUCCAUCCUGA